GGGGCUGGAAGGAUGAUCCGCAGUCCUACUGUGGUGCUUCAGCCGGGGAUCAGCCGGCCGUCCAUGGAGCCCUAAGAGCCAUCGGACCCCUGCUCCUGCUCCUUCUCCUUCUGUGGCCCCUGGUCCCGGUCCCGGUUCCAGUUCCAGUCCCGGUCCCACCUGGAUGAGCAGCGAAAGGAGCCCUGCGCUCUCCACCAGCCUGAGGAGUCGCUGAAGACCCCAGAGAGAUGUGGGGAUUUACACACAUCACCACCUGUGUGCUGCUGCUGUCCAUCAAAUAUGUCUCUGCACAAAAUAAGGUCUUCGGGGAGACGGAGCCGGUACGGAUGACCUCGGAGGGCUCCGACUGCCGCUGCAAGUGCGUCAUGCGUCCGCUGAGCCGGGAUGCCUGCAGCCGGCUGCGAAGCGGAAGCGCGCGUGCCGAGGACUUCUACACCGUGGAAACGGUCAGCUCGGGCUCUGACUGUCGGUGCUCAUGUACGGCACCGCCCUCCUCGCUCAACCCCUGUGAGAAUGAGUGGAGGAUGGAGAAGCUGAAGAAGCAGGCACCAGAGCUGCUGAAGCUUCAGUCCAUGGUGGAUUUGCUGGAGAGCACAUUGUACAGCAUGGACCUCAUGAAGGUUCACUCCUACAUCAACAAGGUCGUCUCCCAGAUGAACAACCUAGAGGAGGCCAUCAAGACCAACCUGUCCAGGGAGAAUGACUUCGUGAAGGACAGCGUCACCAAUCUGACCAACCAGCUGAAGCGAUACGAAAACUACUCGGACAUCAUGAUGAGCAUUAAGAAGGAGAUCUCGAGCUUGGGGCUCCAGCUACUGCAGAAGGACACUACAGGACAUGACAGCAAAUCCCAGGAGACCACUGUAGGAGGUCGCAAGGAGGCCAGCAAGUUCCCCAGCAAAAAAGCUCCAGCUUCCAAACCACCCCCUAAGCCACCCAAGGAAAAUACCUUAAAGGCCAAAAAAGAACCACCAAAACCAGUGAAAAAUACAAAACCCACAGACCCAACAACCAAAACCAAGGUGGCUGGCCAUCAAUCUGGCGUUGUCAGGGGCAUCACCUACUACAAGGCUGGCAAGGUGGACACGUCCAAGCACAGCUCCAGCAAUAAAGGUACCCCAGACAUUGAGGCCAAAACUCUCACAGGCCACGAUGCAGGGGAGGCGCUCUCUGAGAACAGGGACCCCAAGGAAAGAGAUGAAACCACAGAGGACACGGCGCUUUCGACAUCGUCCCAGCCAGCCAGUACCACAGCAAGCACGGCUGCCUCCUCCACCACAACGGUGACCCCAACCACGACUACAGCCAGACCGGAAAGGCCGGCACCCACCAUCGUGUUGCUGCUGGACAACUCCGACAACAGCAGCCACUUCAUUCCUAAUCGGGCAGUGAAGGAUAUGGACUGCGAGGGAACCAUCGCCUCUGUGGAGCUUCCGGAGAAACAGCACAGUUACGGACGCAAUGAGGGCGCCUGGAUGAAAGACCCUGUAGCCAAGGACUCCAAAAUCUAUGUCACCAACUACUAUUACGGCAAUAAUCUGGUGGAGUUCCGGAACCUGGAAAAUUUCCAACAAGGCCGAUGGAGCAACCUCUAUAAGCUGCCCUACAACUGGAUCGGCACGGGCCACGUGGUGUACAACGGCGCCUUCUACUACAACCGGGCUUUUACCAAGAACAUCAUCAAGUACGACCUGCGCAUGCGCUAUGUAGCGGCCUGGACGCUGCUGCACGACGUGGUGUACGAGGACACGACUCCCUGGAAGUGGCGCGGCCACUCGGACAUCGACUUCGCCGUGGACGAAAGCGGCCUGUGGGUCAUCUACCCGACGGCGGAUGACGGCUACUCCCAGCAGGAGUUCAUCGUCAUCAGCAAGCUGGACCCGGGCGACCUGUCGGUGAGGAAGGAGACCACCUGGAGGACGGGGCUGAGACGCAACUCCUACGGCAACUGCUUCAUCGUGUGCGGGGUGCUGUACGCCGUCGACGUGUAUAACCAGAAGGAUGCCUUGGUGUCCUACGCCUAUGACACGCACACCAACACGGACGCGGUGCCCAACCUGCCUUUCACCAACGUGCACGCCUUCACCACGCAGAUUGACUACAACCCCAGGGAGAAGGUCCUGUAUGCGUGGGACAACGGACACCAGCUCACCUACCGCAUCAACUUCGUGGACCAGUGAAGGCGCCCAUCGCCCGCCACGGCCCUCUCCGGACACCGGGCACUUUUUCACCUCCUGUGCCGUUUCGGUCCUAGGCUGGGUCUGAGUUUAGGAUCUGCAGGGUGUUGAUCUUGAAUUGCUCUCUUGAAUGUAUCAUGUUCUUGAAUCAUCGUCUUUUUAAGGGAAAUUUUAGCGCUUUGUAAAAUAUUUCCUUGGGAAAACCCAGGACAAAUUGUUAUGAUAUGGGGUAAAAAUCAUAGUCCAAACAAAAAUGGGUGAAUCGGUAAAAUAAAUGUGGAGACAAACUUAUGUAAACUCAUAAGAAUUACUAUAAAGGUGAUACAAGCUGCUUCUCGAUAUACCGGGAAGUUCGUUUCGUUCUGCCACUUGACAAGUCCGUCGGUUGUCAAAAUGCAUUUGGGACAAACUGGUUAAACAUAUCUGUAUGUUUUCUUUCAAGAAGUUUAAAAAAAAACAUGAAAUAAGCUACCAUUAGUAUACAGCUUUAUAAAAAAGACCAUGAAAUGCACAGGUUUUUCUACUCUAUGUGUUACAUAUAGUGUAAUUGUGACACACCGACAAAUAGCGGUAUUAAUAACUGAUCAUAAGGACAGUCUUUGCUCAUAUUUGUCAAAGCAAAAUGUCACACGAUGUCAUAAUUUUCACAUUUUUUUUCUUCAAAACCAGUAAACUAUUCACUGAUAUAUAAUAUAAUAAAUAAAUAUAUAUGUGUUAGUUUGCUUAAAUUUG